AUUAUUCUGAAGCACCUACAUUACAGUUUCCUUCAAUAGCGGCAAAAUAUUAUUUUGUUUUCGUGCGUUAGAUGGCGUGAUUAAAUAAGUGUUUCUCAUCUAUGUGAAACCCAGAGAAUCGUGUAACUUUAUUUCCUUUCCUAUCAUUAACUUUAUAGGCUAUAUUUCUUUUACUUUGGAGUGUUCAAUACGCAUGGUUUAUCCAAAUUAGUGUUGUACAUGUCAAUCUAAAUAUGCCUAAAGAAAAGGAGUCGUUAUAUACCCGAAAAUACCGAGUUGCUUGGGAAUCCGAUGCUGAACUUAAAGGAUGGAUUGGUCCUGUAUUAGCAGAUGAGACAAAGUCGCUUUGUAAGAUAUGUAAAUGUACUUUAGCUGCACAUAAAAAAGACUUACUGCUUCACGAUAGUAAAUAUUCAUUGAUUAUAGAUGAGAGCACUGCAGUCGAUUCCACAAAAAUGCUAUGCGUUAUGAUAAAAUAUUUGAGUAAAAAGCAAACUAAGAUUGUUACGACUUUCUACAAACUUAUCGAAAUUGAAAAGGGAGAUGCCAUAACUAUCUCGGCUGCGGUGACAAAACAACUGGAGCUAGACGGUUUAAAAUUAGGGAAUCUAAUAGGAAUCGGUGUUGAUGGAGCCAAUGUUAUGAUUUCAUAUGAUCUUGAUGAUGGGAUUGUCUGUGCUAAAUGCUCCUGUCCAAGAGGUCUAGCAGUUUGUCACCACAUGGCUGCUCUUUGCAUCCAUGCUCACCAUAACAUAAGCGUGACAGAUAAGACAUGUUUAUGGAGUAAACGGAAGCCAGCAGAAACUGAACAGGUCACAAAAAUUAGUGAUAUCUACAAGCCUAAAUAUUCAGGUUUCAAAGCUGCUCAAAGAAGUGCAACUGAAUCUGAGAUUGUAACAUUGAUUCAAUCAAUAGGUGAUGCUACACCUGUAGGAUUUACGUGGUGGUUGUUGCCAGAGCCUUCAGUAGACCUCAUGUUGUUACCAGACAUUGAGGCAAUAAUUUUUUCCAACGAGUAUACAACAGCUCCCAAUAAAGAAGACUACUUUUUACAGAAAUGUUGUGUGAGUGAAAGCAUAAUAAACAGAGUUGCAGAGAUGACUAUUGGUCAGUCAAACAAUGCUAAUUGGCUAAUGGCUAGAAAGUACAGACUGACAUCCAGCAAGUUUGGUGCAGUUUUAUCAGCUUGCCAAAAGAAGAAGUACCCAAAAUCAUUAUUCAAAGGGUUAUUAGAAGGAUACGAUUUGAGUGGAGUUCGGGCUGUUCAGUGGGGAAGGGAAAAUGAACAAAGCGCCAUAGAAAAAUUUCAGGAAAUCACAGGAUUACAUGUAGAACCAGCAGGAUUCUGCCUUGAUGAAUGUGGUUUUUUAGGUGCAAGCCCUGAUGGCUAUAUAAGUGAAAAUUGCAUUAUUGAAGUGAAAUGUCCUUUCAAACAUAGGAAUGUAGAAAAACUGUCAGAGGUGCUCACCAGUAAUGAAAAUUAUGUUGUAUUUUAUGAUAACUCUUCCUGGACCAUUAAUGAAAAUCAUAUUUAUUAUCACCAAGUACAGGGACAGUUAUACAUCACAAAUAAAGAUAUGUGUUAUCUAGUAAUAUGGAUUCCAAAAGAUACUAUAAUUAUGAGAAUUUCAAGAAAUGAUGAAUGGAAAAAUAAUAUAAAUACUUUAAAAUCGUUUUACUGUCAACAAUUUCUGGCGAAUAUUUUAUUAUGA